CAUUUAUUUAGCAGUGUUGGUGUUGCAGUCUUACGCGAUCCCUGCUCUUCCUGAUUUAAAUGAAUAGGUUCGCAUUGUUUGCAUCAGUUUGAAAAGCCAUAUCAUGGCGGGGCUAAGAGGCUCAACUAGGCAGUUUAUAAUUUGAACAUUUUAAAUAGGCUAUGUAGACGAUAUAUUACUGUCCCGCAUGUUCAUUGCAGGCUACAUUGCAGGCUAUGUCGGCAUAUAGGCAACAUUACUGUCCCGCAUGUUCAUUGCAGGCUACAUUGCAGACUAUGUAGGCAUAUAGGCUACAUUACUGUUCCGCAUGUUCAUUGCAUUGACGUUGGUCUCAGUAGCCUACUUCCUUAAAAGCGUCGAUACUUUGGGAGCUAUGUUGAGAGGUGAGCACAAGAGUUUGUCCUCCGCACACAGUGGACAAAAGUGAAUUGUAGCUGUAUGGAACUCAGUGCAUGCUGUUGUAGCUACUCUCCGCGGUUAAAAGAUUAACAACGUGCUCGACACUCAACCUUAUAUAAAUGUAGAUCGGGUGCUGAAUCCUCGUAUGUAAUCCAAAGAACAAAAUCCUCCUCUCCGCCAUAUACCGGACAGACGAAAAACGGAUUCAAUUUAUCGUCUCCUGUUUAAGAUUAUUUUCCAAACGGAAACCAUCUGUCGGGCUUCAGCAAUAAGCAAUUGGUUGGGUGUUCAGAGGCAUUACUAGAUCCAUUAGCUACCGCACCCUUCUCGUUCGUAAAUCCGACAGACUCAUGCCAGAGUUCGCUCCACGGUGAAGCAAGCCGCACCACAUGCCUUCAAUGCUUUCGGUUUUUGCAACCUUUCAGUGGAGUGAAUGAGAGAUCUCUUACCGAGUCCAGAAGAACGAGCGUCUGACAAUCAGAUAUUUUUUUGUAACGGUAUUAAUACGAUAUAUCAAGAUUUGCAACGUUCGAAGAUCCCUUAUUUUUUCCUUUUUCCUGUGAUUUUUAACCUCCGCUACAGCCAGUCUGCGUUGGGACUUUUCUUUUGUUGUUUAAUAUGCCUCUGGUGAAAGUUAUGAGUUCUCCAACAAAGGGACUGCUCUACGGCUUUUACUGCACUGUACGGUAGAUGAAUGCGGAGAGUGGAAGCGUUGUAACUCGAGGCGGGGUUAAAGUUCAGCUCUAUGCAGCGGUGAAGCGUUCGUUGCAGUUCGCAGAGUUGGAAAUGUGAAAGCAAGAAGCAGGCUUUAUUUUUCUCUCUCCCUUCUCUCUGUCUCUCCUUUUUUCCCUUUUCACACACACGGACACAGCCACCACGCAUACACGAGCAGACACGGACACACACUCACACACAUAAACACGCAGACCCGUCACAGCAACCAAAACACACACACAUACACUCACACAUACACACACGCAUACAUACACCCUCCAAAUCCAAGAUUAGAUACAUCAGACAUGUAUUCUCCACUAUGCCUAACACAGGAUGAGUUCCAUCCUUUCAUCGAAGCUCUGCUGCCCCACGUGCGAGCGUUUGCCUACACAUGGUUCAACCUGCAGGCCCGCAAGAGAAAGUACUUCAAGAAGCAUGAGAAGCGCAUGUCUAAGGAAGAGGAGCGCGCGGUCAAGGACGAGCUGCUCAGCGAGAAGCCUGAGGUCAAGCAGAAGUGGGCAUCACGCCUCUUGGCCAAGCUCCGCAAGGACAUCCGGCCAGAGUUCCGGGAGGAUUUUGUGCUCACCGUCACCGGGAAGAAGCCUCCGUGCUGCGUGCUGUCCAACCCCGACCAGAAGGGUAAGAUGAGGAGGAUCGACUGCCUGCGUCAGGCCGACAAAGUCUGGAGGUUGGAUCUGGUCAUGGUCAUUUUAUUCAAAGGUAUUCCCCUCGAAAGUACUGAUGGCGAAAGGCUGGUAAAGUCCCCACAGUGCUCGAACCCAGGGCUGUGUGUGCAGCCUCAUCACAUUGGAGUUUCUGUGAAGGAGCUUGACCUCUACUUGGCCUACUUUGUUCACGCAGAUGGCCAGUCAGAGAGUCCCAACCAGCAGAGUGAGUCUGACAUCAAGGAGCAGCCUGAGAACGGUAAGAGUCUAAUGACUGUACUGUACAACUACUGUAGCAUACUAGUAAAAUCAUUGAACAAGAGAAUCAGUUACCUCUGUCUCAUCCUAAUAUCACAUGACAGUGACUCUCCUCUGACCUCUUCCUCCUCCUUCUCCUCCUCUCCCUCCUCCCCUCCGCAUCACCUCUCUCUCUCUCCCUCCUCUCUCUUUCUCUCUCUCUCUCUAGCCCCCAUCGCAGCUGGGACGGGUCCUAACUUCUCGCUGGCCGACCUGGACAGCUCCUCCUACUACAGCAUGAGCCCUGGGGCUAUGAGGCGACCCUUACCCAGCACCUCCUCCAGCAGCUCGGCCAAGAGGAUCAAGUGUAUGGAGGACGAGGUGGACAGUCCAGGAGAAGAGUCCUACUAUCCAGGUCAAGGGCGCUCCCCGGGCAGCGGCAGCCAGGCCAGCAGCUGGCACGAAGUGGAAACUGCUGGAUAUAAACUGCGUGGCUCGCUAGCUAGUUCGUUCAUCUCAAGACAAGGGAUGCCACCGUCCACCACAUUAAAGAAGUCAGAGAAGUGUGGUUUCAGCAGCCCUGUCAUGUCUUCGCAGACCACUUCCUACUCCCCCCGAACGGCAUUCACACAUCAUCAUCAGCCUGUUAUUACAGGACCUAGAGGUAAAGUCCCCCCUGUACCCUCCCAGUCCCCCCAUUCACACAUCAUCAUCAGCCUGUUAUUACAGGACCUAGAGGUAAAGUCCUCCCUGUACCCCCCCAAACUCUCCCUUAUACUCACCAGUCCUUUCCCACCCCGACCUGGUCCUACCUGCCUCCCCCUCCCCACCCUAACCAUGUCCUCCCUGCCUUCCUGCCUAAUCGUGCCAUUAUGUGGUAUAACUGUCAGAUUAAGUUGUGCCAUUAAGUGGUAUAACUGUCAGAUUAAGUUGUGCCAUUAAGUGGUAUAACUGUCAGAUUAAGUUGUGCCAUUAAGUGGUAUAACUGUCAGAUUAAGUUGUGCCAUUAAGUGGUAUAACUGUCAGAUUAAGUUGUACCAUUAAGUGGUAUAACUAUCAGAUUAAAUCGUGUCAUUAUGUGGUAUAACUGUCAGAUUAAAUUGUGCCAUUAAGUGGUAUAACUGUCAGAUUAAGUCAUGUCUUUGAGUGGUAUAACUGUCAGAUUAAGUUGUGCCAUUAAGUGGUAUAACUGUCAGAUUAAAUCGUGGUAUAACAUUGUGGUAUAACUAUCAUAUCAGAUUAAAUCAUGUCAUUAUGUUGUAUAACUGUCAGAUUAAAUUGUGUCAUUAUGUGGUAUACCUGUCAGAUUAAAUCGUGGUAUAACUUUCAGAUUAAAUCAUGUCAUUAUGUGGUAUAACUAUCAGAUUAAGUCGUGUCAUUAUGUGGUAUAACUGUCAGAUUAAGUCCUGUCAUUAUGUGGUACAACUAUCAGAUUAAUUCCUGUCAUUAUGUGGUAUAACUGUCAGAUGAAGCCCUGUCAUUAUGUGGUAUAACUGUCCGAUUAAACCCUGUCAUUAUGUGGUACAACUAUCAGAUUAAGCCUUGUCAUUAUGUGGUACAACUAUCAGAUUAAGCCCUGUCAUUAUGAGGUAUAACUAUCAGAUUAAGCCCUGUCAUUAUGUGGUAUAACUAUCAGAUUAAGCCCUGUCAUUAUGUGGUAUAAUUAUCAGAUUAAGCCCUGUCAUUAUGUGGUGUAACUAUCAGAUUAAGCCCUGUCAUUAUGUGGUACAACUAUCAGAUUAAACCCUGUCAUUAUGUGGUACAACUAUCAGAUUAAGCCCUGUCAUUAUGUGGUACAACUAUCAGAUUAAGCCCUGUCAUUAUGUGGUAUAACUAUCAGAUUAAGCCCUGUCAUUAUGUGGUACAACUAUCAGAUUAAGCCCUGUCAUUAUGUGGUAUAACUAUCAGAUUAAGCCCUGUCAUUAUGUGGUAUAACUAUCAGAUUAAACCCUGUCAUUAUGUGGUACAACUAUCAGAUUAAGCCCUGUCAUUAUGUGGUAUAACUAUCAGAUUAAGCCCUGUCAUUAUGUGGUAUAACUAUCAGAUUAAGCCCUGUCAUUAUGUGGUAUAACUAUCAGAUUAAGCCCUGUCAUUAUGUGGUAUGACUAUUAGAUUUGGGAUGUUGUGUUCUACACUAACAUAAAAGGCCAAAAUGAUGGUGUUCAUUAAUCUUCAUCAGUCGAGACGGUUGUCAUAUCUAUUUGGUUGACUUUAACCUGUGGUAGCAAUUUCAACUGUAAUUGAUUUAUCAUACUCAGAGAUUCUUCUUCACGCACCACUUUCCCUCUUGAAAUGUUAGCCGAACCCGUUGAGCCGAGAGACGUAGGUGUAGCCGCAGGGCACCACAAUUUGGCAAACAAAGACUCGCAAGCCGCACGGUUCGUUAGCUCGACUUCUCGUCUUCAAAAGAGCUAUUAAAACACUCCUCAGCCUUCUCCUCCCACGGAUUAAUGCAGGCAUGCACACACACGAACACACACACGCACACACACUCACACGCGCACACACAGCCACCUGUUGAUAUCUCUCCCCCACAAACCACACGUCAUAAUAAGGGAGGCUUUUUCUUUUAAUCACUGCUUUUAUUAUUAAAUCAAAAUAUAUUUUUGAAGGAAAAGUUGGCAGUGAAAUAGAACUACAAGGUGGGGGAAGAAAAAGCUAGCGAACCAACGCGAUUUGCAAAGUGGAACUAAUCCAGAGAGUUUUUCUGUUGGGCAUGCAGCCCCUCAUGCAUGCCCAGACCACAAUGGAGCCCACUGCUCCCUCUCUCUCUCAUCUCUCCUUCCCUGCCUCCCUCCCUUUCUCCAUCUCCUGCCAGCUGUCUGAAGUCAGCCUCCAGUCUCCCCUCCUGUCCCCUCCCACGUCACCACAUUUGCAUAUUUGACCCAGAUUAGCUACAGGCCCACCCGCUGGGCGCUGUGUGGGGAGGACCUGCCGUCACUUCCAGACUCAGUUUCAUCUGUCCUCCAUAACGAUGUGCUAAAGUCACUGCUAACAGGCCUCCCUUAGAGCGCCACUGAAAGGCCCUUAGAGACCCUGCUGGGGAGAAUGUCCCCAACCUCCUCCAUCUCUCCUUCCACCCAACCCCCAAACUACAGCUUGUCCCCUUGGAGUUGAGUGGAUGAGGUAGGGGGGCAUGGGGCUACAUAGCCAGCCUAGCAGUCUAGUGGUGAAUUAGCUGCUCGGACACUGAGAACACUCAGUACAACGUGACAUGAGAACACUCAGUACAACGUGAACAUGAGAACACGCAGUACAACGUGAACAUGAGAACACUCAGUACAACGUGAACAUGAGAACACUCAGUACAACGUGAACAUGAGAACACUCAGUACAACGUGAACAUGAGAACAUUCCGUACAACGUGAACAUGAGAACACUCAGUACAACGUGACAUGAGAACACUCAGUACAACGUGACAUGAGAACACUCAGUACAACGUGACAUGAGAACACUCAGUACAACGUGAACAUGACAACACUCAGUACAACGUGACAUGAGAACACUCAGCACAACGUGACAUGAGAACACUCAGUACAACGUGACAUGAGAACACACAGUACAACGUGGCACCUUGCUCAUGAGGAGAAGCCCAAAUAAACCUGAGAGAAAGCGAGGCCCCCAUCCUACACUGCUCAUCCAGGGAGUUUUGAACUAUUGUGCAUCGUUCUCUGUAGCAGUCAGAGAGAGAGGCUCAUUAUAACACCCUGCUGUCUAUGAGGUCUUGACACUGGUGCCCUGAUGUCUCCUUUUAUUUGAUGCAUCAAACCUUUUAUUUCACCAGGCAGGUCAGAUGCAUUUCAAACCUUCUCCUUUACCACUUUGUGGAGUUUUUAGAAGUGCACAAUGCAAACAUAAUGAUGUUAUAAUGUUAUCCUCAUGGAAUAUGCUGAACUCUCAUGGUAUUUUGACAGCUCUCCUAUCAUAAUCAUUCAUUCAUAGAUCAUUCAUAUGUUUAAGUGUUGCUCUGCAUUGACAGGGCUUUCCUAGCCAGGUUAAAGCAGACUGAAUGCUGCACUCACCAAGUAAUGGUGACUAGGCUAGUUUAACCAGGCUAGUUUAACCAGGCUAGUUUAACCAGGUUAGUUUAACCAUGCUAGUUUAACCAGGCUAGUUUAACCAGGUUAGUUUAACCAGGCUAGUUUAACCAGGCUAGUUUAACCAGGCUAAGGGUGCCCCCAGGACCAGUACUUUGAAUGCUAAAAAGAAGAAGAGCGGAGGAGAAAAUGAAGUCAAAGCAGUGAAAAUGGGUGAUU